AUGGUAGAAACUACUCUUCCUUCUCCUAUUAGCAGCACUUCCCAGAUCACUCUUACUCCCGCUCAACAAAUUGAUUCUUGUCAUCCCUAUUUUUUAACUUCUUCUGAUAAUCCUGGAAUCAACCUCAUCAAUAUAAGCUUUGAUGGAUCUAGUUAUGCAAACUGGCGUAGAGGAGUUCUUAUUUCCCUUUCGGCUAAGAACAAAUUGGGGUUCAUCAAUGCUAUGGAAAAAUCCAAUGACAUGGUCAUUGUAUGGCUUCUCAAGUCACUCAGUAAGGAUAUUGGAGAAAGUGUGAUUUAUUCACAAACUGCUGAAGAGUUAUGGAAUGAGCUCGAGCAGAGGUAUGGUCAAGCUGAUGGCACAAAGUUAUUCCAACUGCAGAGAGAAUUAAACAGCAUCAGCCAAGGAUCUAGUGAUGUGGCGGGAUACUUCACUAAGCUUAAAAGAAUUCGGGAUCAAAUGAAGGUGCUUAAUACCUUCAUGAUAUGCAACUGUGACUGCAAGUGUGGUGCAAACACACAAUGUUAA